UAAUUUAGUUUGUGUUAACUUGUCUACGGUAAAAUAUAGCAUGAGUGAGUAAUGGAUUACGCGUCUAAUUCUUGUGGCAAGAAUACGAGCGUGGAUUUUUCGGUUGUCGGUUUAGUUUUCCUUGGUCGGAAUAGUUGGUUGGUUGGACGCGUUAAGCUAACGGCUACACAGUCGGCAAUUUCAAACGGUUACUGAAAGUUUCGUUUAAAUGAUUGCAACGCUGAUUUAAAGGCAAAUUCCAAACAAAAACAAAGUCAUAAGACUCAUUUGAUGUGCCAUGUUUUGUUGGCUGAGCGGAUUGUGUCGCGCCAUUCAGUCUGUCGUUGACUAUCGUUUGUGUUGUGUGCAUGGCGCAGCCGAGAACGAGUGUCGUGAGUCGUUGAAAUGGCUUUUAUGUGCAUACUCGGUAGCACUCAAAUAUCCUGCCAGUGAUUUACGCUAUGUGUUGAUGAAUCAAAUGAUGGACGAUUCGAUAGCUACUUCGCAUGCCUCUGAAGUUCGCACACUUUUCACGAUGACCAUUUCGACAUAUCAGCCUUCAAAUCGCGUCAAUUAUGGAAUACGAACAUUGCCGAAGACAUUUUAUCAAUUCCAUCUGCCUUUUGUCAAUUCACUUCAACGAAAUAUGAACUCAUCACGAAUGUUUAUGCCAACAUUGGCCAAAUUAUCGUAACUACGAUUGCGUGAAUGCGCGCCAGUUAUACGUGGCGUGCUCCCGAGUUGAAAAACCAUCUUUUAUGUACAUUUACGCACCGGAAUAGAAAACAAAAAAUGUUGUUUAUGAAACUGCGUUACAUUGAAAAAAAUUUACAAAAAUCGAAAAUAAAUAAAUUUUUAACACAACGUAAA